UAAAUCUGUUUAUGAUGGCUGAGGUUGCAAACAUAGGCUUUGUCUUCUUUCUAGCUCUGAUCUUUCUCAUUGCUCCUAUUCAGUCUGAAAACUCCACUUUCCCCGAGCAGAUACACAUAGCUGCUACAGAGGAUCCCACCAGUGUUAUUGUCACUUGGAUAACCUUUGCUUCUACUCCAGAUUCCACUGUUUUGUGGCGUCUACAUGGAUCAGCUAUAAAGUUGCAACCAGUCUCAGGCUAUUCAACUAAUUAUACUGAUGGAGCAGUCAAACGCUUUGUCCAUAGAGUCAAACUAAGUGACCUCAAGCCAUCAACUAAAUAUGAUUACCAGUGUGGUUCAUCAGCUAAUUGGAGCUCACUGUACACAAUGCGUACUCUUGGAAGUGGACCAGACUAUUCUCCAGUCUUCCUGGUCUAUGGAGACUUGGGAUAUGACAAUGCUCAGUCACUGUCCAGGAUACGAGCAGAAGUCAAUGCUGGAGGGAUUGAUGCUAUAUUGCAUGUAGGGGAUUUAGCUUAUGACAUGUUUGAGGAUGAUGGGAGGAAAGGGGACAACUUCAUGAACAUGAUACAAAACGUUUCAACACAGAUCCCAUACAUGACAUUGCCAGGAAAUCACGAGUACUCUCAAAAUUUCUCUGACUACAGAAACCGGUUUAGCAUGCCAGGUGCAAAUCAGGGAAUUUUUUACAGCAUAGACAUUGGAAGUGUGCACUUUAUCAUGUUCUCAACAGAAGUAUACUUUUUCACUGAUUUCGGAAAGGAACAGAUCCAGACUCAAUAUCAGUGGCUUGAAGAAGAUCUUAAAAAAGCAACAACUCCAGAAGCAUUAUCUGAGAGGCCAUGGAUAAUUACGAUGGGUCACCGCCCAAUGUACUGUUCUACUACUAAUUCAAAUGACUGUGACCAUAAGACUAGCGUUACUCGAACUGGUACAUCAGAUUUGCAUCUUUAUCCAUUGGAGAAAUUAUUUUACAACUAUGGAGUGGACAUGUUCAUUUCUGCACAUGAACACAUUUAUGAGAGAAUGUGGCCAAUUUAUGAUUACAAGGUGUUGAAUGGUUCUUAUGAUGCUCCUUAUACUAAUCCCAAAGGGCCAAUACACAUUGUCACUGGAUCAGCUGGCUGCAGAGAGCGCCAUGCUACUUUCAGUCCCAAACCUGAUUGGGUUGCACUCACUAGUUCAGAUUAUGGCUACACUAGGAUGACUGUACAUAGCAAAACACAAAUUAGCUUUGAGCAGAUCAGUGAUGAUCAGAAUGGGAAGAUUGUGGAUUCUUUCACUCUUAUCAAGGAGAAAGCAGGCUAUUAUUAAACUAGACAUCCCUGAGUUUUAGCUACCAAUUGCUGCUGUUUUAUAUCUGCUCUUAUUAUAGCCAAAUGUAGUGCAUUAUAUUUAUUAUGUAACCAGGUCUAUAAAUAGACUUUGACUAAA